AAAAGUCAGAGUAGAAAAAAGUGACAUAAAUAAAUGGCGGAAAAUUUUGCUCAAGCGCCAACAUUUGUAUUUAAGUGUGAUUUAUCGUAAAAAUAGGCAAUCUUUACGUUGUUUAAACGCGUGUCAAAUCCAGCUCAUCCACUUUUAUAUUAAACAUAUAUCGAACAAAGAUUUCUAUUAGAACGCGUGCCAUGUACAAGCGUAAAUCUGCUAGCAUUGGAAUAAGAGACAGCGCGGGCCCGGGCUCUGGCCUCACGAUGAAGAACAUCAGCGCCAAAGGUGCUGCUAGCAAUGUGGACAUGGAUGAGACGAUGACGAUAAAGUCGUAUGAGAAUGAUAGCGUUCACAUGGACAUGUCCCAGGACCAGCAGCAGCAACAAUCGCUAAAGUCACCGUCCCAACCCCAGCCAGGUCAGCAGCGCUCUGUGGGCUCUCUGGUCUUAUUAACCCAAAAAUUUGUGGAGCUCAUGAAGUCGAAUGGUGGGUCCAUUGAUCUGAAAGAGGCCACGAAAAUCUUGGAUGUGCAGAAGCGUCGUAUAUACGAUAUAACCAAUGUGUUGGAGGGCAUUGGCCUGAUUGAUAAAGGCAGACACUGUUCCCUUGUGCGCUGGCGCGGAGGAGGAUUCAACAAUACCAAGGACCAAGAGGAGUACGACCUGGCGCGUGAGCGAACCAAUCAUCUGAAGGAGGAGGAGGAAGAUCUGGACAAGCAACUAGAGUAUGCGCAACGAAAUCUGCGAUAUGUAAUGCAAGAUCCAACAAAUCUCUCAUAUGCCUAUCUCACGCGGGACGAUCUUCUCCAAAUGUAUGCGGAUAACUCGGUGUUUACCAUACCCAAUUACGACGAAGAGGUGGAGAUCCAGCACAAUGAUAGCGAACUCCGCGUUUCCCUGGACAAUGGCAGCACCAUUGAUAUACGGCUGGUCACAAGCCAGGGAAAGAGUACAACAAAUCCAAACGACGCUGACGGUUUCUUUGACUAUCGGCGCUUGGACACCCCAUCUCCAUCGAUCUCCUCACGAUCCAGCGAAGAUGGCAGCGGUCCCACAAGCACUGGCAACGUCAUCACGGACGAGCACACGUACUCGUGCAAUCCCGAUCUAAAAGAGGAGAUGAAGCUGCUGGAAAACGAACUCACUGCGAAAAUAAUCUUUCAAAAUUAUAUGACUGGCCACUCGCUGAGAAGAUUUUACCCCGAUGAUCCCAAUUUAGAAAAUCCGCCACUUGUACAACUGAAUCCCCCACACGAUGACUUUAACUUUGUACUGAAAAGUGACGAAGGCAUCUGUGAGCUUUUCGACGUAGAAUGCUCUUAGCUGCGGGACAGACGGGACUUUCAACGACUUUGUAACGAUUGUAGUUGGCCGAGUGCGUUGUGCAAAUAUUUAUGAUUAGUACAAUUUUGACUUUUGAUUUCUUUUAUAGAAGUAGAAAUUUUAACUAGCUUAAUUCCAUGUAUUUUUGGCAGACUAACAACAACCCAAUAAAUCGUGUAGAAACACUCAUGCAUUCCUUCUUUAAAAGAAUGUAUGGUGGUUUAUACAUUGCAUA